AUGGAAGCGGUGCAGGAACCGAUUGCUGAGACUCUAUCCGACUAUGAAGUGGCAGAAAAGGUCUGGUUCAACAAAGCCAACAGGAGCUGCGCCGACUGCCACGCCCCGCAGCCGGAGUGGGCGUCUGUCAAUCUGGUUGUGGUCAUUUGUAAGAAGUGCGCAGGACAGCACCGCACCCUUGGCCCAAGUAUUUCCAAAGUGCGGAGCUUGAAGUUGGACAGCAGUAUCUGGAGCAAUGAACUGGUGGAGCUCUUCCUGGAGGUGGGGAACAAGAACGUUAACAGUUUCUGGGCUGCCAAUCUUCCCUUGGAGGAGGAUCUCCACAGUGGGGCUUCGGUGGAGCAGCGCACCACGUUCAUCCGCAGGAAGUACAGGGAGAGGAAGUACCGGAGGGUCCUGGAGGGUCUUCAGACCCUGGAGCAGCUCAACCAGGCACUGUGUGCAGCUGUGGUGUCGCCUGAUGUGCUGCAGACCAUGGCGCUGGUGUUCAGUGGGGCAGAUGUAAUGUGCGCCACCGGGGAUCCAACCUAUUCCACCCCGUACCUCUUGGCCCAACGUGCUGGACAGAAGCUACAGAUGGAGUUCCUGCACCAGAACAAACUAUCUGAUUUCUCUAGACCUGAGCAGUGGUCAGCGAAUGCCUCUCUGUUUCACGCGUCUGUCUUUAUGGCGGGCUUCCUCUACAUCUCUUCAGGCCCUGCCAAGUCAACGCUGGACCGCCACAGAAGAGACGAAAUGGCACGCCGUUGGUGCAUCUUGGAAGGCGGCUUCCUGAGUUACUAUGAGAGCGAACGAAGCCCAUCGGCCAUUGGCAGGGUGCACGUCACGGAGGUGGUUAGCCUGGCUGUCAGUAAAACGGAGAUGGUCACUGGAGCUGGGGCUGUGUUUACCGUGGAGCUGUACCUACAGACGGAGCGAGUACUGAUUGUUGGAGCUGAGACACAGGAAGCACAGAGUGACUGGAUCCAGGCGCUAACAAAGUGCUUCAUCCCAUCUAACACGGAGGGACUGGUGCAGAAAGACAGCGAGCUGAUCGGCAGACUCUUCUACAAAGAAGGCCAUGACCUGUACCACUGGAGGAUGGGCUGGUUUAUGUUGGAAGGCUCUGUCCUGCACUUCAGCCCAGGAGAAGAGGAGGGAGAGGAGGAGGUUCUUCAACUCAAACAGCUACAGGAGCUCACUGUCUCCACACAUACCGAGGGUGAGGACAAGAUCCAAGUGCUGCUGAUGGUGGAGGGCAGAAGAACAGUUUACAUCCAUGGCUUCAGCAAGAUGGACUUUACACUGUGGCACACUGCCAUCACGCUGGCUGCCGGCACAGAUGGCAAGGCCCUCAGCGACCAACAGCUAACUAAAAAUGGUGUCCCUAUUAUAGUCGACAGCUGCAUUGCUUUUGUCACUCAGUAUGGCUUAUGCCAGGAGGGGGUCUACCAGAGGCCCGGGGACCCUGGUCGAGUCGCCCUACUCCUGCAGGAUUUCACACACAACGCUCGGAACGUCAAGCUGAGGGAGACUGAGCACCGCCUUGAGGACGUGACAGACACCCUGAAGAACUUCUUAUCCCAAGCAGAGGACGCACUGCUCACCAAGGAGCUCUAUCCAUACUGGGUGUCAACUCUGGAUGAGAAGGAGGAGAGGCAGAGAGUAAAGAAGUACUCCACCUUCAUAGAGAGUCUGCCCAAGAUAAACAGGUCAACCCUCAACGCUCUGCUGCAGCAUCUCUACAGGAUUCAACAGUGUUCCCACCUCAACCACAUGCCAAGUGAAAAACUGGCCUCCGCCUUCUCAUCCUGCUUGUUCCAGACUCGUGGACAAACCCCACAGGAAAUUAGCGUGGUCUGUGACCUCAUCAGUAACUACAUCACACUCUUCAGUGUCAAUGAAGACCAGGUGCAACAGAUGGAGAGAGAGAAUAGCUUCAUCACACGCUGGAACGAAAAGAAGGACGCCACGUUCUCUCCAGCUGGGGACUUGAUCUUCGAGGUGUACCUGGAAACGAGAGAGCCAGAGAACUGCUGUUUAAUCAAGGUCUCUCCCAGCAUGAGGUCUUUGGAGCUUGCAGAAUCCACACUGAGUAUGAGGAAUGUCACCUUCACCGCUGAUGACUUCUGGACCACCUUUGAAGUCAUUGAGAAUGGAGAGCUAGAGCGACCUUUGCACCACAGUGAGAAGAUUCUUGAGCAGGUGCUGGAGUGGAGUUCCUUGGACUGCCCGAGCUCUGCUUUUCUUGUUAUUAAGAAGUUUGCAGGGGAUAGAAGAGUGGCUGAUGGGAAAGAAAGCCUAAAGCAGUUUAGAAAAGGCGACUAUUUGAAGUUCAGCGAUGGAUCCUCCAAACUACUGUCGGGACACAAAUUCCAGGACAGAUAUGUUCUAUUACGUGGAGAGACGCUGCUGCUCUACAGAGAUAUCAAAAGCACUAAAGCAGAGAAAGCGGUCCAGCUCAAGUCUGUGAAAUGUUACCUUGGUUUGAAGAAAAAGCUCAAACCUCCAACCAGCUGGGGCUUCACAGUCUACACUGAUAAACAUCAAUGGCAUUUCUGCUGUGAGAAGAGGGAGGAGCAGCUCGGCUGGGUGGCAGACAUCAUCUGGAUGAAGUACGGUUCUGACCUCCGUUCAAAGAGCGUUUUGUCAAAGGAAGCUGCCGGUCCCAAAUCCUCCAGAGGGGGAGCUGUGACAACAGAGGGCUGCAUGAGUCUACCACGCACACACAAACAGCUGACAGACAAGAGAUUUUCCCUUGGUGAUGGCAACCUGAGGACCCCCAAAAUCAACACCACGGCUACCUUCCCAAAACUCAACAACCUGCUCAAGGCACCAGAGAUCCCACACAGAAGGUCCUCUGCUGAUGCUGGCCAACCUCAACGUCGCCCUUCCCCUUCCCCGACCAGACACCCCAUGGCUUCACCUGUUUCUACUCAGAGAUGUCAUAAGACCACCAGCAGGAAAUCUGCUUUUGGUGGGGAGAGUUUGAUGCCGCCAAAUCUGCUGAAUGAACUUAACUUUGUGCUGAACAAGACUGGUCGAAGUCAGGAGAGCAAUGACUGACAGCAAGAGAAGCAGGAGAAAGAAAGAUACUGCAUAUCAAGCAGUUAGACGAACAUUACAGCCCACACAUGGAGAUGGAGUCAUUUACUUUGAUGAGAGGGGAUCACAGCCUGAAUCAGACUUUUGAACUAGAGAUGCUGAUGCACAAGAUGUAGAAAACAGGUGCAGGAGACACUGGAGGUCAGUAGCACAUAUUGCUGACCCAGGAACCACAACACACAAUUUUUAUGCUACUCGUGUUGAACUCAAGAAUGUUAAGUGAAUUUGUUCAGCUGUCAAACCUCAGAAGUUUCCAGGAAUACUCCAAGCUGCACGCUUCAUGCUACUGCGUUUCCAUUUACCUUGAAAAGGAUGUUUUGUCUACAUUUUAAAGACAUUGUGGUUAUUUAUUUAUUGUGCUAUGUAUUUCAUCGUUUUUGCCUUUUGUUUAGCAGCACUUUUGCCGCAAAUGCUGUAUAAUAUAAUUAAAAUAAAUGGCAUGCUUUAUAUUUUUUACAUCAUUAGCAGUGGGGUCUGUCUUCAAACAAAAAUUCAGAAGUUCGUAGGCAUGAAAAACUACAGAGAAACUGAUGCAUUUCUAAAAGAGCAGGCUUGGUGCCUGCUAGCUGUUAAUGCUAAUACUAUAGCUUCGUGUUUUCACAGAGAUGUACUAUUCCUGUAGCUGGUAGUAGUUUACACUCUUCUGUGUAAUUAUUUAUUUGUAUGUAAUUGCUCAUCUUAUUUUGUAGCACUUAGCAGUGUAUCUUUUAGCUGUAUAGUUGUUUUUUAAGCAUGUUGUUUUGUCCGAACACUGCAUGCCACCAAAUGUUAUCUUAAUGUGCAGUAAAAUAGUUUAAUAAACAUUGUAAAAUGUUUUAAGCUGCUGUUUUACUGACAUUAACAAUUAAUUGCUUUGUUGUUUUUAAUGUAUAGCCAGGUACAGAAGUAACAAUGAGUCAACGAACUACCCCAACCAAAAUAUGUAUAAAAUAAAGUUUU